AAAUGACUGAGCAUAGACUAUCAUUAAAGAAUUGUCUUUUCCACUAGUAAAAAUACAAGCAGAAAAGAAGGACUGAAACCGGAUAGAAUAUUCCAUCCAUAGCAAAAACACAGUGUGGAUGUCAAAUGUGGCCGAAAACCCACCCCAAAUGUGUGAAAAAACAAACACAUCACCCUCUCAAUUACUAUUAAAAUACUUCCCAUUUUUUGUUUUCAAAAUUUUGUUUAAUCCACUUCUUGGGUGGGUUAGUAUUUAGUUUUAGUGGUACCCUGAAAGAUACCCCUCCACCAUUCCCUCCAAACCUUAGUAUCCUCUGCAAUUGAAGUACCCUUUUUCUCAAUUUUUCUUGUAUUGAUCUCUUAUUCUUUAUAAUUUUUCAUCCUCAGCUAAAGUUUCAAUCUUGGGUCCUUUUGGGAGUUGCAGAGAGGUAAAUAUUUUUUGUUGGCCCUCUGAAUUUUGGGUUCUUUUCACUACUAAAUUCGUGGGAAUUGGAUGAAAGUUUGUUUCCUUUUGUGUUUUCUCAUGCUGAUUGUUAGCUGGUUUGAAGAAAUUUCUGCCUGUCAGUUAUUUCAUAUUGGUUUUAGGUUGAAGAGUGGGGAGUUGUGAGGAACCUUGAUUUCGGUCAGCAAUAUUUGGACUAAAUGUCUCAACUUGGACAUGUCUCUGCUGUUAACAUGAGUAGGCAGAGUAGUGCUGCAGGUAGCCUUUUGAGCUCCCAAUCUGCUUGGAGGGAUGGUCGUUGUUUUGUUUCAGGGCAAAAGAAUGCACUUUCUUUUGGCGGUAGUGAUUCUAUGGGUGACAAAUUGAAAUUUCCUGUAGCAAAUUCUGCUGGCAUGAGAUCAAGGAAGGACACAAGUCAUUUGAAGGUGGUCUGUGUUGACUACCCUAGGCCAGAUAUUGACAACACUGUUAACUUUCUGGAAGCUGCCUAUUUAUCCUCAUCAUUCCGCACUGCUCCUCGUCCGAAGAAACCAUUGGAGGUGGUUAUUGCUGGUGCAGGUUUGGCUGGCUUGUCAACUGCAAAAUAUUUGGCAGAUGCAGGCCAUAAACCCAUACUGCUUGAAGCAAGGGAUGUCCUUGGAGGAAAGGUUGCUGCAUGGAAAGAUGAUGAUGGGGACUGGUAUGAGACUGGCCUACAUAUAUUUUUUGGGGCUUACCCAAAUAUACAGAACUUGUUCGGAGAACUGGGAAUUAAUGAUCGGUUGCAGUGGAAAGAGCACUCUAUGAUAUUUGCAAUGCCUAAUAAGCCAGGAGAGUUCAGCCGAUUUGAUUUUCCUGAGGUUUUACCAGCUCCACUUAAUGGGAUCCUGGCAAUCCUGAAAAACAAUGAAAUGCUUACAUGGCCUGAGAAAGUGAAAUUUGCCAUUGGACUGUUGCCAGCAAUUCUGGGUGGACAAUCUUUUGUUGAGGCACAAGAUGGUAUAACCGUUAAGGACUGGAUGAGAAAGCAGGGUGUACCUGAACGGGUUACGACUGAGGUAUUCAUAGCCAUGUCCAAGGCACUGAAUUUCAUUAACCCUGAUGAACUUUCCAUGCAGUGCAUCUUGAUCGCCUUAAACCGAUUCCUUCAGGAAAAACAUGGAUCCAAAAUGGCCUUUUUAGAUGGGAACCCUCCUGAGAGACUUUGCAUGCCAAUUGUUGACCACAUCAAAUCUCUUGGAGGUGAAGUACGACUUAACUCAAGGAUACAAAGAAUCGAGCUAAAUGAAGAUGGAAGUGUUAGAUGUUUUGUACUGUCUAAUGGAACUGUGAUAAAAGCGGAUGCAUACGUAUUUGCAACUCCAGUUGACAUCCUGAAGCUUCUUUUACCUGAGAACUGGAAAGAGAUUUCAUAUUUCAAAAAGCUGGACAAAUUGGUUGGAGUUCCAGUUAUCAAUGUGCACAUAUGGUUUGACAGGAAACUCAAAAACACUUAUGAUCAUUUACUUUUUAGCAGAAGUCCACUUCUGAGUGUAUAUGCGGAUAUGUCUGUAACCUGUAAGGAAUAUUACAGUCCAAACCAAUCAAUGUUAGAGCUUGUGUUUGCACCGGCUGAAGAAUGGAUCUCUCGCAGUGACUCAGAUAUUAUCGAUGCCACAAUGAAGGAGCUUGCAAAAUUAUUCCCUGAUGAAAUUGCUGCUGAUCAGAGCAAAGCAAAAAUCUUGAAGUAUCAUGUCGUAAAGACCCCGAGGUCUGUUUAUAAAACUGUGCCAGGCACAGAACCUUGCCGUCCACUGCAAAGAUCUCCUGUGAAGGGAUUCUAUUUAGCGGGUGACUAUACGAAACAGAAAUAUUUGGCGUCAAUGGAAGGCGCUGUUUUGUCCGGAAAGCUGUGUGCUCAAGCAAUUGUACAGGUGAUAUGCCACUGUUAUGAUACAUUCAUGUCACAUCUCUACAAUGAUUGUUCAUAUAUUAGCUUCGCUGUAUAGGUAAUCAGAUAACUUAGUACUGACCUUCUUCAAAAGAACUUAGUACUGACUCUGAGUGUUUAAGCAUCAAGUUGAGACUUUAGGAGAAUUAGCAUGAGGGUAAUUGAUUUCUGGUUAUGCAAACACUAAUGUAAGAAGUGAUGCAGUUGUACACAGAAUUGUAACUCCACGUAGAGCACCUAGUGAGAUAUUUGGUUCUGAGGCAUACCAUCCUGAAAUUAAAUAAGAACGAAAACAUUCUCAUGUUUUGCAGGAUAAUGAGUUGCUUCAAGCGGGUAGCGAAAAAAGGGUACCCGAGGCGAGCAUUGCCUGACAAAUAAAGCAUCUGAUAAGGACUCCAAAUUCAAAAAGUAUAUACUUUUUAGAGUGGAUCAGUGACUGAGUUUAUACUGAAACCGGAUGCAUUGCAAUGCAAGUUGACUGGAAGAAAUAUUGAAGCCAAAUCCAAAGACAGCUCUUUUCAUUAGUUCAAAUAUUUGCAAAAAAAGAAGCGCCGGUCCACAUUCAGUGAACCUGAUUGAUCCAGGUACAUGAACUUGGAAACGGGAAAAGCAUGUCUCGAGCAAUGAUAGUAGUCUCUUUUACCUCGAUUUUAGAGGUAAUUGUAUAGAAGUAUGUUUGUCAUUUUUUGCAUUGUCUAGUUUGCUACCAUGCAAAUUUGUUGUAUAACAUUGGUGCAAGUGGAAAUUCUUGCUUCUACAAAAGUAGCAUAUGAAGAUAAAUUUUUGUCACCGGGUCCAAUGAAUCCUAUAGAAGUUUUCAUGUUAUUUUGGUUAUAUAUGAUGUUUCUGUUCAUUACAUUCACAGUGCAAAUCUCAAUGACGGGUGUUUACUGGUGGUUAUCUUUCAGAAUUCAAACUGUGUAAAAUAAUUCUCUCAACAUAUUUUCUCUUUGCCAUUACUCAAAAAUGCAAUCUGUGUCCAGUCUUUGGAAGUAUCAUGAGCUGCCUUGUUAUAGUGAUG